CCUGCGCCUCAUUUAAAAAAUUAAACUUUUGUUAGUGGCUUCACGCUUUUGCAGAAUAACCGUUAUUGUGCUUUUGUGUAAUUAUUUGAAUAAUUUAGGAUAAUGAAUGACAAAUUAGAAGACCUCGCAAAUAAAAUUUACUAUUCGGAAAAAUAUUACGAUGAUACACACGAGUAUAGGCAUGUGGUUUUACCCAAGGAACUUUUAAAACUCGUACCGAAAACUCAUCUAAUGUCUGAGAAGGAAUGGCGAGGUAUUGGAGUACAACAAAGUAAAGGGUGGGUUCAUUACAUGAUCCAUUCACCAGAACCUCAAAUACUACUAUUUAAAAGGCCAAUAACUUCCUAUCCAAAUGGUGAAAAUAAAUAAAUGGAUGUUUCGUUAUUAAUUUUGUAAAUAAAUAUGUUUAUAUUGUUUUUAUACAUUUACCAUUUUCGGUGCUGACUUUGUUCAGGAAUAUUACUGUUUUAAUGUUAUUGCAGAACUACUUUCUUGUUUAGAAAAGACUUAUUUAGGUUAGCGUGAGUAAAUUAUCUCGUUUUGUAA